GCUGUAUUGCUGUGUAUGAUACUAUGAUUGUGUUCACCGCCGUGAACAGACCGUAGUUAUAGUGCUAAGUAGUUAGUAUCGUUAAACAUUAGUGGUUAACUGUACAGUUGUUGCGCUGAAGUUAAGAGUAGUGAAGUGAGCGUAUAAAAGUAUAAUACUGGACAAGUAAGACCUUUUAGAAGUCGCAUUGUCGUCCUAACAUCUUCGGCAUUUGUCAGUCGUCAUUGUAAUUCGUGCUUGCGUAGCCCGUAGAUAAUAAUAAUUACUUAGUCGAUUCAUCGCAUCAUAGGAUUCUUCUCGGUUGUUGAGUGGUGUUUUUAAAAUUAACAUCGACCACUGACGUUUUUUUUCGUCACUUCCACUUACACAGCUCUUAAAGGAAAUUUACGAAUUUACCGGCAAUUAUUUUUCGAAGUUCAACAUGCCUGAACUCGUCGGCAACUACGAUGAAACUGAAUUCGAACGGUCGUCGUUCAAUUACGUCGACAUGUCGUCGAUGUUCCAUCUAAAAGAUGUUAACUACACCAGACAGUUUGCACACAUUUACGCUCACAGACUAGUGCAGAUGAGAGACAUUCUUCAAGAGAAAAUACAACAAAAAUGGGGCGAAGGGUGUGAUAUUUAUAAAUUAUCCGAGUUACAUGAUAAAAUUGGCGUAGAAUGUAUUAUAAUUGGCACACUAUUUAAACAUCAAGAACUAAAACCUAGUAUUUUGAAGGAAAUUAGUGAAGAAAACAAUUUGAUACCCCAACUGCCUAGAACUCAUUUUGUUUCCGAUACAGAUGAAGUUAUACUUGAAGAUGAAUUACAAAGAGUGCCUUUAACAUUUGAUGGAUUGAAUGGCAGUAGUUUAUCCUUAAAUAAUAUUAUGACUGGAUGUAUUAUAGCAGUAAAAGGUAUCCCUCAUGAUGGCGGUAAAUUUGACGUACUGGAUUUUUGUUGGCCUACUCCAUCAGCUGCAUCUAGAGUACUCACUACUCGUAGUUCAGGAGAUGAUAGGUUUCUUGUAAUAAUAAGUGGUUUAGAAUUAGCCACUAACGUUGCUACUCAUUUCCAAGUACAAUUAUUUGUGGAUUGGAUAUAUGGUUUACUGGGUGAUAAAAAAGAAAACAGUAAAGUCUCAAAAAUUGUCCAAGUUUUAAUAGCUGGAAAUAGUAUACGUAGUACUCCAAUGAAAAAGCCAAAUUACCGUGACAAGAUAGACGAUUUUCCUAGAGACAUUCAAGCAAUUAAACAGUUAGAUGACCUAUUAUUCCAAUUAGCUUCAACUGUUGAUGUUCAAAUUAUGCCUGGAGAAUUUGACCCAGCAGAUAGAACAUUACCUCAACAAGCGUUUCACAGAUGUUUAUUUCCCAAAGCUUCUGAAUAUUCAAGUUUACACAGAGUAACAAAUCCAAAUCAGUUUGAAAUUGAAGGCCAUCUUAUAAUUGGAUCAUCUGGACAAACUGUACAAGAUGUUUUAAGAUUUACCAACUUAGAAGAUCCUAUUGAUAUUAUGGAUAAAAUAUUAGAUUGGGGGCACCAAAUACCAUCUGCACCAGACACUAUUCCAUGUUAUCCAUUUGAAGGACAAGAUCCAUUUAUUAUAAAAGAAAUGCCAGAUGUGUUCUUUGUAUCAAAUCAAAAAUCAUUUCAGACAUCCCUAAAAACAAAUACCAGUGGCAAACCUACGAGACUUAUAAGUGUGCCGUCUUUUUCAUCAACACAAACUUGUAUUUUACUGAACCUCAAUAAUUUAGAAUGUCGUCCAAUAUCGUUUAAGACAUUUGCUCCUUAAUAUCAUUCACUAUUAUAUACAAAUUUCAUU